AGGCGGCCCAAAGCAUCUGACAUUCACAACGAGCCAACCGCUGCCUCUGUGUCUAGCUAGUCUCUACUGUAUGGGAGGAGUGUCCCCUUCCCGCCGCGGCGUUCCCCGUCGCCGCCUCCAACUCCGACUGCCAGCGGCCGCAGAUGCAGAGCCCCAGCGCCACCAUCCUCCAGCUCUACCACUCGGGCCGGCUCUCCGCCGCGCUCCGCGCCUUCGAGUCUCUCCCCGCCUCCACCGCCUCGGCGCCCCUCUCCGCCGCCGCCUACGCCGCGCUCGUCGGGGCCUGCUCCCGCCUCCGCUCCCUCCCGCACGGCCGCCUCGUCCACCGCCACCUCCUCGCCUCCUCCCCUGACGGCGCCGGGCUCGCCCGCAACACCGUCCUCAGCAACCACCUCAUCACCAUGUACGGCCGCUGCGCCGCCCCGGACUCCGCCCGCGCGGUGUUCGACGGGAUGCCCGACAGGAACCCCGUCUCCUGGGCCGCCGUCAUCGCCGCGCACGCGCAGAACGGCCGCUGCGCCGACGCGGUCGGCCUCUUCUCCUCCAUGCUCAGGGCGGGGACCGCGCCCGACCAGUUUGCGCUCGGCAGCGCGGUGCGUGCUUGCGCGGAGCUCGGGGACGUGGGACUCGGGAGGCAGGUGCAUGCGCAGGCCAUAAAGUCGGAGGAGGGAAGUGACUUGAUUGUGCAGAACGCGCUCGUCACGAUGUACUCCAAGAGUGGCUCGGUUGGGGAUGGGCUCACACUUUUUGAGAGGAUCAGGGACAAAGACUUGAUCUCGUGGGCUUCAAUUAUCGCUGGGCUUGCGCAGCAAGAGUGUGAAAUGGAGGCAUUACGGAUUUUCAGGGAGAUGAUUGCUGAGGGCAUGCAUCACCCCAAUGAGUUCCAUUUUGGAAGUGUCUUUAGGGCCUGCGGAGUUGUUCAUAGUUUGGAGUAUGGGGAGCAGAUUCACGGUUUGUCUGUAAAGUAUAGGUUGGACCGCGAUUCAUAUGCAGGUUGCUCAUUAAGUGACAUGUAUGCCAGGUGCAAUAAGCUUGACUCAGCCAGGAAGGUGUUUUACAGGAUCGAGGCACCUGACUUGGUUUCAUGGAAUUCCUUAAUAAAUGCUUACUCUGCUGAGGGUCUCCUUAGUGAGGCUAUGGUCCUGUUCUAUGAGAUGAGAGAUUCUGGUCUGAGGCCUGAUGGCAUCACUAUUAGGGGUUUGUUGUGUGCGUGUGUCGGCCAUGAUGCAUUGAGUCAAGGUAGAGCCAUCCAUUCCUACUUGUUCAAAUUAGGUUUGGGCAGGGAUGUUACAGUAUGCAAUUCUUUACUCAGCAUGUAUGCUAGGUGUUUGGAUUUCCCCUCUGCAAUGGAUGUCUUUCAUGAGACAAAUGAUCCUGACGUUGUCACCUGGAACAGCAUUCUUACUGCUUGUGUACAGAACCAGCAUUUCGAAGAUGUUUUUAGGUUAUUCAGCCUGUUGCACAGAUCAGUGGCAAGUCUGGAUAGGAUCAGCUUAAACAAUGUUCUGAGUGCUUCUGCUGAGUUGGGUUAUUUUGAAUUGGUGAAACAGAUCCAUGCAUAUGCCUUCAAGGUUGCACUGGUGUGUGAUACAAUGCUGAGUAAUGGGCUCAUUGACACUUAUGCUAAAUGUGGAAGUUUAGAUGAUGCGAACAAGCUCUUCGAAAUAAUGGGUACUGGUCGUGAUGUAUUCUCUUGGAGCAGCUUGAUUGUUGGCUAUGCCCAAUUUGGUUAUGCCAAGGAAGCACUUGAUUUAUUUGCUAGGAUGAGAAACCUAGGAAUCAAGCCAAAUCAUGUAACCUUUGUUGGUGUUCUCACUGCAUGCAGCCGUGUGGGACUUGUUGAUGAAGGUUGUUAUUACUACAGUAUUAUGGAGCCUGAAUAUGGCAUUGUCCCAACAAGAGAGCAUUGUUCAUGUGUCAUUGAUUUGCUGGCACGUGCUGGGAGACUAAGUGAGGCAGCAAAGUUUGUUGAUCAAAUGCCAUUUGAGCCUGAUAUUAUAAUGUGGAAGACUCUGCUAGCUGCUAGCAGAACACAUAAUGAUGUGGAGAUGGGGAAGAGGGCAGCAGAGGGUAUUUUAAAUAUUGAUCCUUCUCAUUCAGCAGCCUAUGUCCUGUUGUGCAACAUAUAUGCUUCUUCUGGCAAUUGGGACGAGUUUGCAAGAUUGAAGAAUGCUAUGAGAAGCAGCGGUGUCCAUAAAUCACCUGGGAAGAGUUGGAUUAAACUCAAGGGCGAGCUAAAAGUCUUUAUUGUAGAGGACAGAUCACACCCAGAGGCUGAUGAAAUAUACACAAUGCUGGAGCUAGUUGGAAUAGAAAUGGUAAAGGCAGGUUAUAUUCCAGAGCUUUCACGUCACUCAUGUAAAUAUGCUAGUUUUGACCACCCCGAUUUGUUGAAUGAAGAAAUAUUAGCUGAAUACGGUUGAGUUGGUUCACAGCAGUCAUUGCUUAUUCCGGUGGUUUUUUGUUAACCAUGUCACGAGUUCUUGUCAAAUGCCCAUGGAAAUCAAUAGAGGUUUACCAGAAUUGCAGUGCCAAA